UUUAAUUCCAUAUCUGCCUCAGAACGCAAGGCCACCGGAGACCCAAAACAGGGGAAGUUAAGAGGAGAUUUGGGUGGAGCGAAGGAGCUAAGACCGGCCCUCCUAUGGCGGUGGCGGCAUCUAGAACUUUCCUCCUCUUCCAUCCUAAGCUUCUAGAAGCUUCCGGAAUCUUCUCCGGUUUUCCAAGGCAUCGCCGGAACCUCCCCCUCCUCCUCCGCCGGAGCUCCUCUCAGUCCGCCACGCAACCGACGCUCGAAGACUCAACGCGGAACUUGGAUUCCAUUGCCGGGAUCCCGAACGUGGUGGAUAUCCUCCAAGAGAGGGGCCUUGUCGAGUCCAUCACCAGCGAGAGUAUCAGGUCCGCGUGCUCCAACCCUAGCAUCAGCCCCCUUAAGGUCUACUGCGGCUUCGACCCGACCGCUGAAAGCUUGCACCUUGGGAACCUCCUUGCUCUUAUCGUCCUCUCCUGGUUCCGGCGGUGCGGACACAAGGCCGUCGCCAUGAUCGGCGGCGCCACCGGCCGCAUCGGAGACCCCUCCGGUAAGAGUUUAGAGAGGCCGGAACUGGACGUCGAAACUCUAGAGAAGAACAGCGCAGGGAUUAAAAAUCUUAUCUCUAAGAUCUUAGGGAGCGGGAAUUUGGAUGCCGGAACUGGAAAUGAGAAAGCUUUGGAUGUGGGGAGUGAGAAAGGUAGCAUCUUCGAUACAGGUGUUCGAGAAAAUGCUAAUUUGAAUUCGCAUUCUGAAAACAAUGUGAAUUCGAAUGUUGGAAUUGAAAAGAAUGCAGCUUUGGAUUCGCGGUUGGAUGAUUCUUUCACCAUUUUGAACAAUUAUGAUUGGUGGAAGGACAUCACGCUGCUGGAUUUCCUCAGGGAAGUAGGGAGGUUUGCCCGGGUGGGUGUGAUGAUGGCAAAGGAGAGUGUCAAGAAAAGGUUAAUGUCGGAAGAAGGAAUGAGUUAUACCGAGUUUUCUUAUCAGCUCUUGCAAGGCUAUGACUUUCUGUAUCUGUUUAAGAACAUGGGUGUGGAUGUUCAGAUAGGUGGGAGUGAUCAAUGGGGAAAUAUUACAGCUGGGACUGAACUGAUUCGGAAGAUAUUGCAGGUUGAAGGAGCUUAUGGUUUGACAUUUCCCCUUUUGCUCAAGAGUGAUGGGACCAAGUUUGGGAAGUCUGAAGGGGGAGCAAUAUGGUUGUCGCCAUCGUUGUUGUCACCUUAUAAAUUUUAUCAGUACUUCUUCUCAGUGCCAGAUGUUGAUGUUGUGAGGUUUCUAAAGAUUUUAACUUUCUUGAGUAUGGAGGAGAUUCAGGAGUUGGAGGAGGAGAUGAAGAAACAGGGUUAUGUUCCCAACACAGCCCAGCGGAGGCUUGCGGAAGAGGUAACUCGGUUUGUUCAUGGAGAGGAGGGACUUGCUGAAGCAUUGAAGGCAACUGAAACCUUAAGACCAGGGGCAGAAACAAAGUUGGAUUGGGAAACCAUUGAGGGGAUAGCAGAGGAUGUGCCAUCAUGUUGUUUGGCGUAUGAUCAGGUGUUGAAUUCUUCUUUGGUUGAUCUUUCAGUUUCUACUGGUCUGCUGAGCAGUAAGUCUGCUGCAAGGCGUCUGAUGAAGCAAGGAGGCCUUUACUUGAAUAACAGAAGGGUUGAUAAUGAGGCAAAGAUGAUUGAGGCUGGUGACAUAGUUGAUGGGAAACUACUACUGUUAUCUGCUGGAAAGAAGAAUAAAAUUGUCAUAAGGAUAUCCUGAAUCAUCUUCAUGAAUAAUUUUCAAGAAUAUUUAUAGUAACUCAUCCUUUCAUGCAUUCUAGAUACUUAUUCAAAGGCAGUAUAUUUGUGACUUGUGAGAUGCUGGUACUUCUUCUUCUACUACUACUAAAGUCUUGUUAUAUGCUUUAAAAGGUUUUGAAGGUUGUAGUUAUAAAUUGUUAUAAUAUUUUCUUUCUAUAUUAUUGUAUAA